AUGGAGUCCGACACGAGCCGGGUGUCCAGCAGACCUUCCUCUCCGGAGGUGGACGACAUCUUCAUGUCCACGUUAAAGAAGUCCAUGCACGGUUUCUCCGGGACCGUGUCGUCCACUCAGAGCGACUCUCCGGAGGUGGGACUGCGCGGCCUUUCCGCGGCAGAGGAGGACGCACUGGCUUUGCGCAUGUCUAAAAAAGACCGCAAACUUCUGUCGGAGAACGAGCUGCAGUCCAUCCGCCUCAAGAUCAACAGCCGCGAGCGCAAGAGGAUGCACGACCUGAACGUGGCCAUGGACGGGCUGCGCGAGGUCAUGCCGUACGCGCACGGGCCCUCCGUGCGUAAACUGUCCAAGAUCGCCACGCUGCUGCUGGCGCGGAACUACAUCCUGAUGCUCAGCAACUCUCUGGAGGAGAUGAAGCGCCUCGUGAGCGAGAUCUACGGCAGCAGCGGGCACCACGGCGCCUUCCACCCGUCCGCGUGCGGCACCAUGACACACGCGGGCCCCGUGCCCACGCACCCUGCCUCCACUCACCCCGCGGUGCAUCACCCGCUGCUCCCGCCAGUGUCCAGCGCGUCUCUGUCGGCUCCUCUGUCCGUGUCCUCGGUCAGACCUCCGCACGGACUCCUCAAAGCGCCUCCCGCGAGCAGCUUCCAGCACUGGGGCGUGAGCGGCAUGCCGUGCCCGUGCAGCAUGUGCCAGGUCCCGCCGCCGCACGUGUCCUCCAUGGGCAGCGUGAGCGUGCCGCGGCUCGCGGACACCAAGUGA